GCUCUUGACUACAACUGUCAUAUGAUCUCAGUAUAUAUACACGGAAGAACAAGUCCCACACACUCAUUAACACAGUAAAGCACGGAAGACACACAAGCCCUAAGCAGAGCCUCAGUCAUGAAGGUGUUUGUGCUACUAGCUGUUGCAGUGCUCUCUGGCUGCGAUGCCAACCUCUUCUACGCUGAUGCACCGAAGCCACAGCUGGAAGUGCUGACUGACGCUUUCUGGGACUACAUCUCCAAGGCCACUCAGACAGCUGAUGAUACCCUGCAGAUGAUCAGGGAGUCACCGCUGGGGCAGGAAAUCAACACUCGUUUGACUAAAAGUGCUGACAUGGCCAGUAAGUAUGCCGUCACCCUGCAGGAGCAGCUCCCCCCCGCAGCGCACGACCUGGUGAACAAGAUCACCACAGAAGCUGACGUGUUGAAAAGCGUGCUUACUAAGGAGCUGAGCUCAGCCAGGGACAAGCUGGAGCCCUACACGGAGAACAUGAAGGCCCAGAUCCAGCAGAGAGUGGACCAGCUCAAGCAGGAGCUGGCCCCCUAUGCCGACUCCCUGGACUCCGAGGCCCUGAGGACCACGCUGAUGCAGAAGAGCGAAGAGCUGAAGGCCAGCCUGGAGCAGAGCGUGAAGGACCUGCAGGCUCAGCUUGGGCCAUACACCGACGACCUGAAGCAGAAGGUGGACCAGCAUCUGCAGAACUUCCAAAAAAGCGUAGCCUCCAUGACUGAGAAGGUCCAAGGAGAGCUGAGUCAAAGAGCCAAUGUGGUGAAACAAAUGGUGGCUCCCUAUGCGGAGGAUCUUGGGGAGAAACUGAACCCCUACGCCCAGGACCUCCAGGCCCAGCUCAUGUCUCUUUAUCAGUCCUUCAUCAAUGCCAACUAAGUCACCGUCCACCUCCUAGGACACAAUUGAACAAAACGUUUGCUCUGUUGGUCUACCUCCGCAUGAAAGAUGAAACACACCAACUUCUGUCCUGUACUGUAAUCAAACUGUGCGGAAAACACAACUAAGUAUUUAUUGCUAAGUACAAAAACUACAAGGCUGCACUUGUCAAGCAUGUGUACAUAAACCGUUUUUACUAUGACCUUUUUGUAAUUUCUGUAACUUAUCUAAAAUAAACAAAUAAAUCUUUUAAAAUA